AAGCGCGUCCCGACAGUGCAUAACUCUUUCUACUCGGGCUCCAUACAGCGAGGGUUUAUUGGAAUCGCUGCAGUUCACUGUGGAACGAGGGACUCCCAAGCUCCGAUCACAUUUGCAUUACUCCGCAAGUUGAAGAUUGAACCUUUCACCAUUCCGCCAUGUCCGAAAUUGUGCUCCCUGGUCAGCCGCUCGUGCUCCCCCGCGGACCAGUCCCCCAACUCGGUACGGGCGUAUAUGCGAGGGGAAGCGACGUCCGCGCAAGUCUCAUCGGUGUCCCCCGCCACGAUGGUCCGAAAAUCACCAUCUCACGCAUCAGACCACAUCCCCCCUCCCCAAACACCGUUGUCCUGGGGUCCGUCAUCCGCCUCACGCCGCUACAGGCUAUUAUCGCGAUCUCGGUCGUCGACGGCGUUCCCCUCCCUCCUGGCGAGGAGUUUACGGGUGUUAUCCGGACGCAGGACGUGCGCGCGACAGAGAAGGACAAAGUCAAGAUCGGCGACUGCUUUCGUGGGGGCGAUGUCGUCCGUGGUGUUGUUAUCUCCCUUGGCGAUGCGCGCAGCUAUUUCAUCACGACCGCGAGAAACGAUCUCGGUGUUGUAUUCGCUACGAGCGAAGCAGGUGCCACCAUGCAACCCGUCUCCUGGCAAGAAAUGCGCUGUCCGAAAACAGGAAAAAUCGAAAAGCGCAAGUGCGCAAAGCCAGAAGGCAUGCCAUAAUCAACAAGAGGUGUACACUAGGUUUACAUGUGAAUUCGAGCCUCAUGGACCGCAUGUCGCAUCCGCAUCGGUGGUACAAUAGUUUCCUAAAACGAACAACAGCGACUCUCACGCGCGAGCUUGCGCCUCGAUUCCUUGUGCCACCGUGAUGCCCAUCUCGUCCAGCACGCGCACGCCUUCCUGAGCCCAUGCCUGCACGAUCUCCGUGUUGUGGAACCACAUCGCCUGCCCAUGAUCGAUAGAGCCCGCGCUUCCCCCCUUGUCGGCCUUCAGCCCUGCAGGGCGCAUGAUAUUGCCCCCUUCGAUCCACGCCGCCACAUCCCGGACGUCCUUCAGGCGACUGAUGAUGCCGACCACAGCGAGGAGCGCCGCAUCGACACCGGCCGGCACGCGCCCGUCUUUCCCGGGGGCGUCGACGUUGUGAUUUCCGGAAAUUGUGGCCGCUUGCAUGCUCGAGACCAG